AAAUUCGAAUUAAAGGGAGCCUUUGCAUCUGGACGGCUCAUAAUUGAUCUCUCUUCUUUUCUCUCUCAAUUUCAGAGAUCAGAGAAGCCAACGAAGAAAAGCACCGCUUUUACCAGAAACGGCGACGAGAGAGAGAGAGAGAUUAGGAAAGAGAGGGGCGGAGGAGAGUCAGAGUCAGGGCCGAUUUGGUUUCCCUGAAAAUUUUGAGUUUUUCUUUUUCUUUUGCCUACAAUUCUCUUUCCCUUUUCUCUCUUUCUCGUAUUUCCAGAUUUGUCUAUCGAAUCCAUUGUUAAAGAUUCCCAAAAGUGGUAAGGAAGCAACGUACUGUUACGCUUUCGUAUUUCCCUGUUAAUCGGCGUGAAAGAAAGGAAUUUCAUUUUUUCCGAGGGGGAGAAAAAAAACGAAGAAAAAAUAAGAGAACAUGAAGGGGGUUUUUGACCUUAUUUUUUGAAUUUGGGGCUUUUUUUGGUUUUUUCGAUUGUUGAAUAUGGAGAUGGACAGUAUGGAGUGUGAAUCGUCGACAAGAAGCAUCCAGAACGAUGAGAUCCAUCAUAACGGAACGUACCACUUCUCUUCGACGAAGAAUCACGGCGGAGCCGCCGCCGCCGCCGUCGUUACCAAUAUAGUCGGUCCGACGGCAACCGCUCCGGCCACUAGCGUCUACGAGCUUCUAGAGUGCCCUGUCUGUACCUACUCUAUGUAUCCUCCUAUCCAUCAGUGCCAUAAUGGGCACACGUUGUGCUCGACCUGUAAAGUGAGGGUGCACAACCGUUGUCCCACGUGUAGGCAAGAACUUGGAGAUAUAAGAUGUUUAGCACUUGAGAAAGUAGCCGAGUCGCUUGAGCUGCCUUGCAAGUACUACAACCUGGGCUGCCCUGAGAUAUUCCCUUAUUACAGCAAGCUAAAGCACGAGUCUCUCUGUAACUUCAGACCUUACAGCUGUCCUUACGCUGGCUCGGAGUGUGGUGUCGUAGGAGACAUCCCUUUCCUUGUAGCCCAUCUCAGGGAUGACCACAAAGUCGACAUGCACGCCGGCUCCACGUUUAACCACCGCUACGUCAAAUCUAAUCCGCGCGAAGUAGAGAACGCCACUUGGAUGCUAACUGUAUUUCAUUGCUUUGGGCAAUACUUCUGCCUCCAUUUCGAGGCGUUCCAGCUCGGGAUGGGUCCGGUAUACAUGGCGUUCCUGAGGUUCAUGGGGGACGAGGAAGAGGCACGGAGUUACAGCUACAGCUUAGAAGUUGGAGGCAGUGGGAGGAAGCUAACAUGGGAAGGAACCCCAAGAAGCAUCCGAGAUAGCCACAGGAAAGUAAGAGACAGCAACGACGGUCUCAUCAUCCAAAGAAACAUGGCUCUCUUCUUCUCCGGCGGUGACAGGAAGGAGCUUAAGCUUAGAGUCACAGGUAAGAUCUGGAAAGAGCAACACAAUCCAGAUUCUGGGCUCUGCAUACCAAACCUAUCUUCCUGAUCAUUCAUUCUUUCUAUAUUUUAUUUCUCUCACUUUGAGAAGGAAAGCUGUAUGAUGAUUGAUGAUUCGUUUGCACUGUCCCUUGUUGUCUGUUGUAUCUAAAAACAUUUCAUGAAUGAAUGUGUUUGAUCUUAUCACAAGUUACAGUCUCUAUUUGCUGGG